CACCGGUGACAAAUAGCAGCGAGUGCCUAUCAGCAUUGGUUGACUUUUGUGUCAAUAAAUGAAGCAGCAAAUCAUAUUGUUGAGUUUGUCGCCAAGAACGCUAUCAUCCGGGUGAUUCAACCAACCGCAGGAGGUGCUUUCUGAAGUGGGCGUGGCUCCAAAAUAGCUCCAGCUAGCUAAUGCUAGAAGAAAAUCGAUCAAGGGAAUUUUUACAAAGCGAAACCAAAUCGAUUGAACGAAACAGAGCGAGGCACUACUUUGCUGCAGGAGGUUUACCUGCAACCUUCAAAGACCCAAUGGCUACAGAUAUGCCCAUGGACACGGUGCCAGCUCCUCACCCUGUCCCAGCCUCACACCCCGAAAAUGCCCCAGACUCUCCUCCUGACCUCAGCCCCAGUGCAGCCCAAGACCAGAUUCCUACCCAGGAGCCAGCAAUAGCUGAAACGCCUGAAACAGCGGGGUCCUCAGAACACGAUUCUGCUCCAGAUCUCAUCCCAGCUCAGUCCAUAGACCAAGAUGUGGCCCCAGGCCUUGUUCCUGGUCCUGACCUGCCCCCGCCCCCUCUGGUGCCACCAGUUCUGCCUGUCCCACCAGCCAGCACCAAGAACCCCAGCUGCAAGAUUAUGACCUUCCGCCCGACCAUGGAGGAGUUCAAAGACUUUGCUAAAUACAUUGUCUACAUGGAGAGUCAAGGAGCUCACCGUGCUGGUCUGGCAAAGGUGAUUCCUCCAGAGGGCUGGAAGCCGCGGAGGUCCUAUGACACCAUCGAGGAUAUGGUGAUUCCAGCUCCCAUCAUGCAGGUGGUGACUGGACAGUCAGGUCUGUUCACUCAGUACAACAUCCAGAAGAAAUCUAUGACUGUGAGCGAGUACCGCAAACUGGCCAACAGUAAGAGGUACUGCACACCCCGGCACAAAGAUUUUGAUGACCUAGAGAGGAAGUACUGGAAGAACCUCACUUUUGUGUCACCCAUUUAUGGCGCUGAUGUCAGUGGCUCCAUCUAUGAUGAGGACAUUCACGAGUGGAACAUUGGCCACCUCAACACACUGCUGGAUAUGGUGGAGCAGGAGUGUGGCAUCGUCAUUGAGGGUGUCAACACUCCUUACCUCUAUUUUGGCAUGUGGAAGACCACGUUUGCCUGGCACACUGAGGACAUGGAUCUCUACAGCAUCAACUACCUGCACUUUGGACAGUCCAAGUCCUGGUAUGCGAUCCCACCUGAGCAUGGAAAGAGGCUGGAGAGGCUGGCACAAGGCUUCUUCCCUGGAAGCUCCCAGGGCUGUGAUGCUUUUCUUCGCCACAAGAUGACACUGAUAUCUCCAUCCAUCCUGAAGAUGUAUGGCAUUCCUUUUGACAGGAUCACUCAGAAUGAAGGGGAAUUUAUGAUCACCUUUCCUUAUGGCUACCAUGCUGGCUUCAAUCAUGGCUUCAACUGCGCAGAGUCCACAAACUUUGCCACCUUGCGCUGGGUGGACUACGGCAAGAUGGCUACCCAGUGUACCUGCCGUAAGGACAUGGUGAAGAUCUCCAUGGAUGUGUUUGUGCGCUGCCUGCAGCCAGAUCGCUACGAGCUGUGGAAGCAGGGCAAGGACACCGCGGUGUUGGACCACCUUAAGGCCACUGAGCUUAGCAGCCCCGAACUGGAGCGCUGGAGGCAGCAUCGUGUAACCCAUCGGGCAAACCUACUGCGAAGAGCCAUGCAGAAGAUGAAGCAGCUUCGUCGUCUAAAGCUGGAGGAGGUGAAAGUGCUGGCAGAGGAGGGCAUUGAGCUGAAUGCUGCUGAUUACCAGCGUCAGGUUGAGGAGCGUGAGGCCCAGCGGAGACAAGAGAGGGAGGAACGUCUAGCCAAAGAGGCCAUGAUGACCCUGGAGGCCAUGGAGCGUGAGGAGCAGGAGGCUGCUGAGGCCGCUGCCAAGGCAGCAGAGGCUCCAGCUGUAGAGGAACCUGAGGCCAAACCUCAGAACUUGAUGGAGGACAUUGAGAAAAAGAAGCCCAAAAAGCCGAAGAAGACUACAAAUACCCACAACUCCAUCACUGGGUUUGAGGAAGCAUUUGAGCAGUUUGCUACAUCCAAUAUGAAGACUUCAAAUAAUGUUAGUUUUGCUGCAGAGGUGGCGAAACCUCCUAUCCCAAAACAGAGUGACAUCCCAGCAGACAACAAGCUGGAUGUGAGUGCCACCCAGGCAUGCUUCUCCAAGAUGAAGAUGCCAACAGAGGUCAAGAAGAGUCGCCGUCACCCCCUCAGCAAGCCACCCAAACGCUCCCCUUUGUCCGUCUUAAAGCAAGAUCCGACCAGCGAAAAAGAGCUGUCCUCCCCCAUGCCGCUGGAAAGCGACAUGAAGAAACAGGAGCACCUGUGGCAGAAUCAGUCACCCAACUUCCUGGCAGAGAAGGCCUUCAAUGCUGCAGUGGCAGCACUCCAACCGUACUGUGCGAUCUGUUCGCUCUUCUGUCCUUAUGCAAAGCCACAGAAAGACGUCUUUGUUUCACCCGACGCCCAUCGCGCCUCCCUUCCUAAGCAUGGCAGUCGGACUCGUCCACUGGUCCCAGAAAUGUGCUUCAGCGUCGGUGCACGCAACACUGAGCCUCCGCCCACCAACUAUCACAUUGCAGAGGAUGGCACCAGUGUUCUGCUCCGCUGUUCAUCUUGCCACAUGCAGGUUCACUCCAGUUGCUAUGGUGUAAGGCCAGAGUCCAUCACCGAACCCUGGAUGUGCUCCCGGUGUGUGGCAGGAGCCUGGACAGUGGAAUGUUGUCUCUGUAACUUGCGGGGAGGAGCUUUGAAGACUACCACAGACAAAAGGUGGGUCCAUGUCAUCUGUGCCAUUGCUGUGGCUGAAGCUCGCUUCGUCAAUGCCAUCGAGAGGGAGCCAGUGGACGUCAGUGCUGUUCCAGAAUCACGCAAGAAUCUGAAGUGUGUAUUCUGCCACAGCAAGAAUGCUAAUCAGAACCGCGGCGCCUGCAUCCAGUGCUCGUCUGAGAAAUGUGCCACCUCUUUCCACGUCACCUGUGCCCAAAUCGCUGGAGUCGUCAUGACGCCAGCUGACUGGCCGUAUGUGGUGACCGUCACUUGCCACAAGCAUAAACGGGUCCCUCCAAAGCCUCGGAAAGCGGCCAAAGCUCCACCGGGUCUGAACCUGGACCAGAGGGUGAUUGGUCGCAACAAUGAUAGUUGGUACUACCACUGUACCAUCGUCGGCAUGGCAGCGCAGACAUUCUACGAGGUCAACUUUGACGACGGGUCGUAUUGUGACAACGUGCACCCAGAAAACAUAUUAAGUCAUGACUGUCUACAUAGCGGCCCUCCUGACGUGGGAGAGUUGAUCAUGGUCAGCAUGCCUGAAGGUCAACUCCUCAAUGCUUCCUUUGUCAGACAGCACACCCUGCAGUACUACCAGGUUGAGUUUCAGGACAAGAGUCAAUUGCUGCUAAAACCCUCAGAGAUCCAUCAACUGGAUCAGGAACUGCCCAAGAGGGUCCGAGCCAGACUGGCCAUUAAUGCACCACAACAAGAGGUUUCCUCAGCAGAUGAAGCCCAAGCAGCCAAACGCCGCUGCCUGCCCUCAGGUUCAGCCCCGCCUACCCAAGCCCCCACGGAGACAACCAGUAACCCCGACUGUCCUCUAACUUCAGCCCCGGUAGCAGCAUCAGCAGCACAACAUCACAGUAUUAGUACACCGCCGACCUCACAACCUCUGUCCCAGCCCACCACGACCCCACAGGAUGUCCCCGCCUCAAUCAACAGCAUUCAGAUGGACACCGUGUCCCAAAUGGACACCAGUGCUGCCCUCACCAACACACCGGCAGAGUCGGCCCCAGCCUCGGACCCGGUGCUGACUCCGCAGUCAACCCCCUUUCAGUCAACAUUGAACUCUGACCCCCUCCUGUCCGUUCCAUCCCCUCCCCCGCCACCCCAGCACAUGUCUGACGGCUACAUGCCGAGCAGUGGCUACGUCUCCUACAUGGAGACCCUCCUCAAUUCACAUUUCCCUCAGGACGGUGGCCCCGGUCCCCUGUAUUAAAAAAUCAACUCCACUAUGCUAUUACUCAGCCAGUGGAGGCCGAGCCCAUAGAAAGUAAGCUAAUGGAGGUGGAUUCUACUGAGUGCUGUAUUAAUGGACACAAACGUUUCCUCUGUUGGCUCUGAGGGCAGGAGCAGGAGAAAACAAGGACACACGAGCACUCUUUUAAUGCAUGUAACCUUUUUUUUUUGUUUGUUUUAAUGUAUUUGCAGUGGUGCUUCAGCCUGCUCUGAAGCAGCAGCUAAAGAGGACACAUUAUUUUUUUCUAAUAUUAUUAUUAUUAUUAUUAUUAUUAUUAUUAUUAUUAUUAUUUGUUUGUUUUUUUAAGGUCUUUAUGCUUUUUUUCUGUUUUUGGUCAGCUGCUGUGCUUUUCUUCCUCCAUCUUAAUAUGAAUACUUGUCUGGGUGGUAUCAACUCCAUACCUCGUUGCAUUAAUCCAAUAAUGGCACACUCCUGUUUUUUGUUGUAUAGGAAGCUAAUUACUAUGAUCUCGCCUCUCGGCACUGAGGCGCCGGUGGACUUUACUUCUUCUUUUUUUUUAGAAUCAAAUAACCAGCAACAAAAUAUCUAUUUUUCAAUCAAGCCACUCAUGGCUUUGAACUGAAGUGAACUCAAGUGUCACACUGUCCAUCUGCAGGAUAUUUUCACAAUGGUGUUUUAUUGUCAGAUUGCAAGAGGUACACAGGGGGGAUGGGGUUAAAAAUGUAUUGUAGGGGGAACUCAGUAUUUAUAUGUCUUAGUCAAAUAUUGAAAGAAUUAUUUGUAAUAGAAGAAAACCUGUUGAAUGCAAACACUAGUAGAUUUGUCUGCAGGAAUCAUUGACUUUUUGUGAAGAUGUGUCACAGUAGUUAACAGAUGAGAUCUUUAUGUAUUGACGUCAUACAGUCAUUUUUUGGUGGCUCCACUUUUCUCACCCAGAAACUGUCUCAGGGUUCCUACAUGUGGAAAAUAAAUUCAGUUAUAACAUCCCAGUCUUUACACAGUUAAGGGAGUGCAGAACGGCUCAGAAGGCUGCAUCAGAAUGUUCUUCGGUCAUAAUUGGCACUUCUAAUCUGUUGCUUUUAUAUUAUUAUAUUUGCUCCCGUUAACAGUUUGUCUAUUAUACUGGAGGAUGCCUUUGUUUACUAUCACUUUUGAAGUCAAUUUAAAAGAUGACAGUCUGGAAAAUAUGUAGGAACCCUAAAGUCUGGAAAUAUUUUGUACCAUUCUUGGUUUAAAAUAUAUGUAUAAAUCAAUAUUGUAUAUGAAUACUGUGGUCCGUUUUACUUUAUAUGUUGGGUUUUUUGAAUUGAUUUCAAAAACGUGGCCGAUCCAACAUGAAUACCUUUAAUUUUUGGACAGAUUUACUCAGUUUGUACCCAUAAAAAACAGCUUUUCUUUUUCUGGAUGUGGCCAUUUUUUGCCACAGAGGUGCUACAGAGAUAUUAAGUACUGAUGAACUGAGUUUCCUAACACUGUCUACUUGUACUGCAGGCCUUGUGUAUUGUGAAUGAAAUUUGUAAAUGUCGCACAUACCAUUUUUCUCUGCCAUCACAACUGAGAUGUUGGAACACAUCUGUGUUCUUGUAUCUAGAUGAUUUCCAUCAAGAAAAUCUGAUCUUAAAAGGGAUUAAAGUGGGUUGCUAGUCACCA